CAGCUCUCACACACACACUGACAAAGUGCAGUGGUUGUCGUCCGUUAUUGCGAAAAUAAGACUAAGGUCGUUUGGGUGUGUGUAAGUGUGGUAGUGUAUUUGGUCCCUCUCAGCAAGUGCACCACGAAAUAAGUUUGAAAUUGUCUCAUUGUGAUAGGGGGUGGGGAGAUUGAGUGCCGUGUGGGGUGGCUGCUUCCCUGGUGUGUGGUGGUCAGCCCUUCCAGUGGCCACUCAUCAACUAUAAAAGCACAAAGUUUUGGACAGCUAAGUACAGUUGGAUUAUUCAUCUGAACAAUCAGUCAACAUGGUGUACAACAAGCUGAUCGCUUUCUCCGCCCUCCUGGUGGCCGUGCAGGCUGGUUACCUGGGCGCCCCCGCCGUCGUGGCCCCAGCCCCCCUGGCCUACGCCGCCCCCGCCUACGCCAAGGUUGCCGCCCCCGUCGCCUACGCAGCCAAGGCCGUCGUCGCUGACGAGUACGACCCCAACCCACAGUACAGCUACGCCUACGACAUCCAGGAUGCUCUGACCGGAGACUCCAAGAGCCAGCACGAGAGCCGAUCCGGAGAUGUUGUCCAGGGCAGCUACUCCCUUGUUGAACCCGAUGGCACCAGGAGAAUCGUCGACUACACCGCUGACCCCGUCAACGGAUUCAACGCUGUUGUCCACAAGGAGCCCGCUGCUCACCCAGUUGUCGCCAAGGUUGCCGCCCCCGUCGCAUACGCCGCCCCCGCCUACAAGGUAGCCGCUCCUCUCGCUUACGCCGCCCCCGCCUACAAGGUCGCCGCCCCCUACCCAUACGCCGCCAAGGCUAUCAUCGGUUAAGCAAAAUCCAACCCUAGCUCAAUAACAAAUUGUCACCCAUUCCUCAUUUUUGUAUUAUUUAUUGCGAAUUACCAUUAAACAUGUAAAUAGUACUUCAAAUUCAAAAA